AUGAACCGAUCAGCUGAGCCCGCUCUUCGGUCGCUGCUGCCGACACAUAAUGGCCCGUUCCCGCCCCAGCUGACGGACCUCGCCGGCUCGCUGCUCGCGCAGUCGCGGCAUCGCGCCAGCACGCUCAAGGCCGACGAGGAGAUUGCGCGGUCCUACGCGUGCGCGCACAUUGCAUGCGAUCGCCUCAAGACGAGCCUCAACUUGCCUCCGAUCGAGCCGCGUCCCCCCAUUCAGCCGCGGCUCUACAAGCGCUUAUAUACACACCUCAACACGAUCCUGGCGCCGGCUCCGGGUGCGCGCGCGGCGGCGUCGAGUACACGAAUCGAUCCGGGCCACAGUCUACGGUCGCCAGCACCGAGCGGGGCGAAUACACCUAGGCGGGUCGCGUCGACUGCCACAAAUCAGGUCAACACGCCUUCAAAGUCUGCGGCGGGACAGGCGAUGCCACGAGAGAGCGUACGGCCUGCUGCAGCCGCGUCCCAGUUUCCGCCGUGGGUGCGGCCGACCGUGCGCUACAUCUGCCACGAGCUGGGCCACCCGCAGCUGGCACCGACCAUCGCUGCCGGCUUGGCUGCCAUUCACCGGGACGUGGCCAUUGAAGCCAAAGAGAAGCAGAACCGGCCACGGAGGGGCCUUGAAGGUGACGACGAAGGAGAAGAAGACGACGACGACGACGACGAAGAAGACAUGACAGAGUGGCUCGAAGACAGCCUGACGGCUCUUGUGGCGGCACUCUACCUCUACUGCAUGACCUCGUGGCGCGAGCACACAGGCACACAGCCCGGCGGCGCCGGUCGUAGUGGCCUGGAGGAGCGGCAGUUCCAGCUCGACGAAAAGGCGAUCCUGGGCGCGUUUGACAAGGUGCGCGGCGUGGUGGGCACGCGGGACGACAGCGCCUGGGAAGGCUGGCAGGACCUGCAGAAACGCACGUUCCGCGACGCGCUGGUCGUUGUGUCCAAGCACCAGUGGCUGCAGAGCGACUGGUACCAGGACAUUGCUAACCUGCACGUGGCUACCAGCGGCGGGGAUGGCGAUGCCGAGGGCGACGGGGCCGUCGGCGAUGAGGAGGGCAGAGACGGUGAGGUUGACGAUGGAGACUACGGUGGCGUCAGCAUUCCGACCAAGGUGUGGCGGGCCGACAGCAUGUUCCAGACGCGGUAUGAUUUCCUGAGCGAGGCCAAGCAGCAGGAAUAUGAGGCAUGGCGGAAGGGCAUGCUGGAGGAGAUAUCUGGUUUGCAACAGGCACAACACCAGCCGCAACCGAUGGAGGUGGACUCAUAG